GAAAAUUACCAAGGGGGAUCAAAUAAUGGCAUGUCACUUACCUUAAGUGUAACGCCUUUACCAUAACAGGGAGGCCUCAAUCAAUAUAGUUAGUCAAUAACGAGUCGUCUGCUGUAAGCUCUAUAUAUACAUUUAUACCAUUAACCGUCCUCUCAAUAUAAGCAGUGCUUCUUUGGUGAAUAGUCAUACAAUUAUUAGUUUCAUAAAGUUUCGUACCAGUUUCGUAUUAAUACAAAAAAGUUUGCAAGAAAAUUGGCGUCUGCAUUCAAGACAUAGAACGCUGAAAAAAUGAGUUCACCAGCCGGCGGAGAUUUUUCCAUGGCGGAACACCGAGUCGUCGGAAUAUUAUAUUUUCUAAGCGGCUUCCUUGGAAUACUCGGAAACAUUCUGAUAAUUUCAAUCCUUCGAGGAGAAAAUGUCUUGUCUGGUUGCCGAUCCAAGCUGCAUAUACAGUUUGCAAUUUCAAACCUACUGAUUGUUGCUGGUAUCCCGCUUUCCGGAUCUUCAGCGUUUGCAGGGAGGUGGCUGUUUGGUGAUAUUGGAUGUCAAUUCUAUGGGGCACUGACCUAUACAGGUGGCAUGGGUGCGGUGACGUUUGCUGGGUUACUUUGUCUACAACGUUACUUUAGUUCCUCUCUUCUCAAUAUAUAUGACAUGAGUAGCCGCUCACUUAUCAUGUGUGCCAUUGGUUGGAUAUACAGUUUUGGAAUCGCCAUUUCGCCGGUUUUAGGUUGGAACAGCUACACCAUCGAAUCGUCUGGUACUGCCUGCGGCUUGAACUGGCACAAAGACGAUCAGAGCCAUCGAUCUUUGUUUAUUGCACUUCCGGUUAUGUCUAUUGUAAUGUUCGUCAUAUCGUUGUGGGCUCUACGCGUAGCAUUUUCAACGAAGACACCGGAGAAGAUGGACGAGAAAGACUGGUUUACAAAUCAUCAGUUGAACUGGAUCGCUCUUGCCAAUCUCUUCAUCGUUACUGUUGGAUUUGCUCCGUACGGAUUCUUUUCCUUGUGGGCGCUCGUCAAUCAUGGAUCCGAGAUGACAAUGCUAGCGUCCGUUAUCCCGCCAGUCGUUGCCAAGUUAUCCACGGCCGUUUAUCCAGUGGUGUACAUAGUGGCCUCGAAGAACUUCAGAGCAGAAUACGCAGCUAAAACAGUUGGCAUUUGCUAUGACAAGAAGGCCAAAUGAAUUUAGAUAUAUACAGAAAAGGACGUUAGAUGUAGUCAGUAUUAUAUACAAGCUUUUAAGUGACUGUAUAGCGCAACACAAACUUUAAUCAGCUUUUAAUAGAUUUUGCAUGCUUCUUGUGUAUCUUUGUAUUUCGGCGACGACUAUUGUGUGGUAUAUAAAUGAUUUAGAAAAUUAAUUUUCAAUAUUCUGCUUGACAGACAAAACUACAUGUAUCUCCUUUUGAAACAUUACGUUUCCACUGUUGGCAUUCCCGUACUAGUUCAAUAAACUGUUUUGAACUAACUUGACGAAACGAUCGCUCCACGAUAAACUCACACAUUGUAUUGAGCUGUAUAAUCUUAACAUUGUCAUAAACGAAGC